AAAAGAAGCAUACUCUUGGUUUUUUGUUACAGCUUUCCUCCAGACGAAAGGUCGCUUAUUCUCUCACUCAGUCCGUUUCACCGAGUCGACUCAGUUUUAGCUCAUCGUUUUCCAUCACCGGAAAAAAGAAGAUAACAAAGGAACCGGUAAAUUAAUCGCCGUUAAGGUUUGCGAAGUUGAUCGGAAUAUUUUGAUGGUUCAAAUGAUGAAAACCACCAAGGUUUCACCGGAAUCUCAGUUUCAGCAGCGUGGAAAAAUGGCGCCGGUGAAGAGAGAGAUGGCAGAGGAAUUUAUUCAAUACGAUGAACAAUACAGCCAUCUAAACAAGCGAUCUAAGCAGCAAGAUUUUGGAAUGGGUAGUUUUCCUGUAUCACCGGCACAGUUCAAUCCAUUGGAUGAACCGAGUCCAUUGGGGCUGCGGCUUCGGAAGAGUCCGUCUUUGUUGGAUUUGAUUCAGAUGAGGCUCGCUGAAGGGAAUGCUUCUUCUAAGAUUGGAGCUGAUGGUAAGAAAGGGACCAAAAUCAUUGCUUCUUCUGCUGCUUCUGAUAAGCUGAAGGCUUCAAACUUUCCGGCAUCACUUCUUAAGAUUGGUACCUGGGAGUAUAAAUCAAGAUAUGAAGGGGACCUUGUGGCCAAGUGUUACUUUGCAAAGCAUAAGCUCGUGUGGGAAGUUCUUGAUGGUGGCCUCAAGAACAAGAUUGAAAUUCAGUGGUCCGACAUUAUGGCUUUGAAGGCAACGUAUCCAGAUGAUGGCCCUGGCACUCUGGAUGUAGUGUUAACAAGGCAGCCUCUCUUCUUUAGAGAGACGAAUCCCCAGCCAAGAAAGCAUACAUUAUGGCAAGCAACCUCGGAUUUUACAGGUGGACAGGCUAGCCUGCACAGGCGCCAUUACCUACAAUGCCCACAAGGCUUAUUAGGUAAGCACUUCGAGAAGCUGAUCCAAUGUGACCCUCGUCUCAAUUUUCUUAGCCAGCAAGCGGAGAUAGAAUUGGAGUCCCCAUAUUUUGAACCCAGGACAUCAUCAGUGUUUGACGAGCCAAAUGAAUCCAAUGAAUAUGAUUUAAGCCGAGAAGGACCCGCCAUCUUUGAUUUACGCAGAACAGCUUCACCAUCAGGCGGUCAGUCGUCCUCAUCAAGGAGCGAGUUGCAUGAUCCUGCUGGUCGACCUACAGAACUCUCUCGGGAAGCACCUUCACCCAGCUCAGUUAUGGACACCUCGGCAAUCGAAGAAAUCAGACGAGCCGGGACCGAGGGACCGAAAGGUCUUGAUCUUUGGGACCAAAUCAAAGUCCCCGGGAUCCAGCCCUCAAUGUCGAUGAGUGAUUUGGUCAACCACAUCGAAAACCGAAUCACAGGACAACGAACAUCCGGCAACCACCACCCUCUUUCCCGUGAAGAACAAGAAAGCUUAGAGAUCCUUGAAGACAUUAGCCGAUGCUUAUUCAACGACGCUCAGUACGGAACAUCAACUUCCGACGAAAACUCCGUCAUGUCAAAAGUCAACUCUCUUUGCUGCCUGUUGCAGAAAGAUCCCACAACUUUCCAGGAUCUCGAGGGUAAAACCGUCAGCGACAACAAUAGGAUUAGUUACGAAACGAAACCUGUUAGUGAAAAUCCAGUGAUCGAGGGUGAAAACGAUGAUGGUAAGAAGGUUAGUGGCAUGUCGAGAAAGGACUCGGUUGGUGAAUUGCUGCUUAACCUUCCGAGGAUCGCAUCUUUACCGCGAUUCUUCUACAAUAUGUAGAACGAUUUUGGCGAAAUGGAAGGUAAGUUCUAUAUACGUUAAUCGAUCAAAUCCUACUUGAAAACGGCUUUUCUGAUCAGAAACGGAACGUUUGAAAUGGUUUUUACGAGAAGGGUACUCGUUAAUGUAUAUAUUAUAUAAGAAGUGGUGGGUGGUGCUCGGAAUCGGAGCUCGUAUUCGUAAGUUGUUUCGAGUUGUGGUGGAUCUUGUUUCGAAACUUACUGUAUAUACCUUCGUCGUUGACUUGUAUUUUAUGCAUUCAAGUUCGUAACAUCCAUUUGGAUUCGAUUUGAUUC